CUUGAGAUUCUCAAAAAUCCAUCUACAUGUUCACAAGCGCAGUUGCAAGCAGCAGCUGCAGAUCUCCUGGAAAAUGAAGAAUUGACAUCUUUUGUGACAAAGGCAUUUGAAAGCGUUGAAGCAUCUGAUUCUCCAAUGGCUAGGUUCUGGCUAAGCUUCAUGGACAUGGUGGAAAUACUGCUCAUGAACAUACAUGCUCUGCGGACACAAGACUGGGAUUCGUUCAAAGCUUCUCUCAGGAUGAUGUUUCCAUGGUUGCGCAUCUACGAUAAUGACAAAUACAGCAAGUGGCUGGUUGAGUUUUGGCUCGAGAUCUCAAGUCUACCAGAAGAGAAGGAAACCUACUUGAAAGAGGGGUUGUUCUCCCAAUCAAUGACCGGGAAACCAUAUUCCUGUUUACCCCUAAAUCUAUGGAUAGAGAUGACCAUGAACAAGGGUUCAAAGAUGAAAGCAGGAUGGAAACAUAUCUUGAAGAACGAAAAGAUGUUACUUGCACACACAAAACCCACAAAUGCUUGCAACAAAGUGAGAAACUCCUUGCAUGUACUGGCAAACCUCAAAGACUCUUCCAAGGAUCACAGAGAAAAUUGCAAGAAGAGACUGCAGAGAGAUGAGAAAGGGGUUCAAGAUCUGGACAAAUGCCUGGGUGAGUUUGACUGUGACCCGUUUGAUGAGACCAAGCCAACAUUGAGGUCUCUGCAGUCUGGUAUGAUGGCAUCCGAUCAGCUGGUCGUUGACUUUGAGAAUGCGCACAAAGAUGGUGAAGUGCUUGUUCAAUCAUUUUUCAAAGAGAGGAUGUUUUCCGAUGAGAAGAACUUUGAUGACACGAUGCACAGGAAUUCACGCUGCAGUUUCACCAAGCCACCAAUUGUUAAAGGAACAUCUCGGGUUACAAAGACUGAUGCAAUGGAGAACAAGGCCAUGACAGAGGUAAUCUCUCUUGCUCAGAAAUGUGAGGACACAUUUCGACUGAGCGAUGUAAUGCAAUAUCGUGUUACAGAUGAAUGUCUACCUAUCUUUAACGUGAACGGAACACUGAGAAAGGUGAUGAAAUCAAAGUUGGUUGACAAGCUCAAUCUUGAGGAGAUAAACUCGCUUAACAACUACAUUGCACUCGUCGACAUGGGAUUCAUUUGGAGACUUAGUACUCCAUCAGCAGAGGAUAGAGAGAAGCAGGAUGGUACAGAUUACACGUGGGGCGAUUAUGCAAACAAGAUUUACAACAUAGUUGCAGGUCGUCACAGAAAGGCGACCACAAUUUUCUUUGUGAAUGAUCCCUAUGACCUAGAUGAGAGUAUCAAGGAUAGUGAACAUCAGAGGCGUACAGGCGUUACUUAUGUAGGAGGUAGCCGAAAUGUAUUUAUGAGAAGAGAUGAUCCACUGCCAACAUCCAGGCUGUUCAAUGAUAUGUUCAAAAAUCCAGGCAACAAAGUUCGGCUCCAACAGUUUCUGAAUGCAGAGUUCAAGAUCAUGUCAUUAGAACACCCAGAUCAGAUCUGCAGAAGGGCACAGAAUUAGAGCAAUUCACAUGCCAACACACAGAAGCGGACACCAUCCUUCUCUAUGUGUAUUACCAACUAAGACAGUCAGGUGUGGAAGACACUGUUGUUAUCGAUGCAGAAGACACAGAUGUUAUGGUUCUAGCAGCAUA